ACCCGCGUAGAGUUCAAGUAGCUGUCCCUGGGGGCAGGGAACGGGAAGGGGACGCAGGCGAUGGUCCCGGCGCUGCGUGUCUUGUGUGGUGCCUGCGGUCGGGCCCGCGGCGCGUCCCUCGGGGUCUUCCCCAGGGCGGGAGGGCCUGCGGCCCGGAGGCCUUGGCCGCUGUGCGGGGCUUUCCGCAGCGGCAGCACCAGCUCAUUUGACGUAGUCGUUGUCGGUGGUGGAAUUGUGGGGCUUGCCUCUGCCCGAGCGCUCAUCCUGCGACAUCCUGCCCUUUCUGUUGGUGUUCUAGAAAAAGAGAAAGAUUUAGCUGUUCACCAGACUGGACAUAACAGUGGUGUCAUACAUAGUGGAAUUUAUUAUAAACCUGAAUCCCUGAAAGCUAAAUUAUGUGUACAAGGUGCAGCCCUCAUCUAUGAGUAUUGUAACCAAAAGGGAAUUUCCUACAAGCAAUGUGGCAAGCUAAUAGUAGCUGUUGAGCAAGAAGAAAUUCCCAGGCUUCAGGCUUUAUAUGAGAGGGGCCUGCAGAAUGGUGUCCAGGGCUUGCGGCUGAUCCAGCAGGAGGAUAUAAAAAAGAAGGAGCCCUACUGUAGGGGUCUAAUGGCUAUUGAUUGUCCUUACACUGGCAUCGUGGAUUAUCGGCAGAUAGCUUUGUCAUUUGCCCAUGAUUUCCAAGAAGCAGGUGGCUCUGUCAUCACUGAUUUUGAAGUGAAAGAUAUUGAAAUGGCUAAAGAAAGCCCUUCUAGAAGUAAAGAUGGGAUGAAAUAUCCAAUUGUGAUAAAGAAUACAAAGAGAGAGGAAAUUCGAUGUCAGUAUGUUGUGACAUGUGCAGGACUUUACUCAGACCGUAUUUCAGAGUUGAGUGGCUGCAGUCCUGAUCCUCAAAUUGUACCAUUCCGGGGAGAUUACCUGCUUUUGAAGCCAGAAAAAAGCUACCUUCCAGAAAAAAGCUACCUUGUAAAGGGAAAUAUUUACCCGGUCCCAGACAGCCGAUUUCCUUUCCUAGGAGUUCACUUUACGCCAAGAAUGGAUGGUAGCAUUUGGCUGGGGCCUAACGCAGUGCUUGCCUUUAAACGAGAAGGGUACAGACCCUUUGACUUCAGUGCCAGAGAUGCUGUGGAUAUAAUUGUAACAUGUUCCAUCUCUUCAAGUCAGUUGACUAACACGAUUUUGCUGUGCAGAGGUCCUGCUGGAGUGAGAGCCCAAGCUCUGGACAGAGAGGGAAACCUGGUGGAAGACUUUGUAUUUGAUGGAGGAGUAGGGGACAUUGGAAACCGAAUUCUUCACGUGAGAAAUGCACCUUCCCCUGCUGCCACUUCUUCCCUUGCAAUUUCUGGAAUGAUUGUAGAUGAAAUGCAACAAAGAUUUGAAUUGUAAAUAGCGGAAAGGAGCUAGAUACACAUUAUAAUGUCCACGUCAACAAGAAGAAUGUACUGUACUAAUUGCGUUUUUAACUACUAUUUAAACAAAUGGUUUUGAAAUCUGACUUCUAGGUAAAAGAUAACCAAUGAGUUAUUAAAAUUAUGUAAUAUAGAAAUGAUUUUUUAAAACUUAAAGUACACUUUCAUUUUAGGAAUGGGGAAAAAAAGUAGUUUUAUCUGUCCUGAAUUCCUGAUAUUGUUAAUGAUCUCUUCUUACCACUCAUGAUCUAAAGAAGAUUUGGCUAGUUUAGAAUUUGGGGGAAAGAUGUCAAUGAAAAAAUUGAUUAUCAGCCAGGCAUGGUGGCAUGUGCCUAUAACCCCAGCAUUUGAGAAGAUG